AUGGCGGUGCGCUCUCUUUGGCUGUGCACGCUCCUCGGAUGUGCACGCUCCUCGGCUGUGCACGCUCCUCGGAUGUGCACGCUCCUCGGCUGUGCGCGCUCUUCGGCCGCAAUCGCGGGUCUUGACUGUGCGGGAAUGCACGCGUUGGCUCAUCACUUUGUGCAUCAGUUGUGUCUGAGCUUGGAGGGAGAGGAGCAGGUCAAAGAGGGAGAGGAGCAGGUCAAAGAGGGAGAGAAGAAGGUCAAAGAGGGAGAGGAGCAGGCCAAGGAUGGAGAGGAGCAGGUCAAGGAGGGAGAGGAGCAGGUCAAGGAGGGAGAGGAGCAGGUCAAGGAGGGAGAGGAGCAGGUCAAAGAGGGUGAGGAGCAGGCCAAGGAGGGAGAGGAAAUUUAG